UGGGGGGGGGGGGGGGUGGUUCUGAUCUGUUUCCCAGCUUCGACCCAAACCUUCAGAAAGACAUCUAUUCAAUGACGAAAAUAUAUUUUAAAAAAGGCAAUACAUCCUAGAAUCGGACAUUCUAAAUGGUGUUGUGUAUUAAGAAAACUAACCCUUGUGUCUGCAUUGCAGACGUUUUCAAGGUUGUAGAACUGGAAAAUCACGUUUCCCACGCGGGUGGAGUUGGACCAGUGUUUUGUUCACAAGAAUACAACAGGAACAAAAGGAAGAGUUCGCCCUGCUAGCUGAACUGGCUCUUUCACAUUUUUCACAUUUUUGCACACACACACACACACACACACACACACACACACACACACACACACACACACACACACACACACACACACACACACACACACACACACACACACACACACACACACACACACAGUCAGUCAACCAGUUUCUACCAAACCAAACUCCCAUCCAUUGAUACAUGAGUGGGAGGCCCGACAUGUGAACAUGUGACAUAACAGUAAAUGAUCAGUCACGUGAGAAUAGUUCGACGCACACUUGCAUCAGUAAAGCAAAGGAAGGUUCAGAUGUCCUCCAGCAGGCGGCGGUAGAGGUUCACAAACGGAUUGUGUGAGCGACACAUUGAGCUCCCUCAUAACCCUGUCCAGUCCUCUGAUGGCUUUGACUAAUAAGUCAUGUUUAUCAAUGAGCCGAUUCCUUCAAAUCAACCCAAAACAUCACAAUCACCAAAUUACAAACAAUGCACUGCUCUGCUAAGCUAUGGCCAACAUUUUUAUUUUUUCUAAAGCAUUUUUUAAAAUAAAGCAUUGAUUAAAAUGCCAUAAAAUGCCAAUGCAAUUGUGUGAUUUAUGAACACGCACAACAGUGCAAAUGAUACAUUUGAUUGAUCGUCACUUUAAACACAAAUCAGUCCUCCUGCAAGCAGCUGAUUAACCAAACAAUCACAUGUCAACACAGAACCAGAAGUGCUGUACAAGUCCAUCUACACACUGAUCUUCCUCUUUGCAAGGCUAUGGUAUAAUUUAAUAAAACAUUCAUAGUUGCUGCACACGUUUUGCUGCCUGAAAGACUAAUUUAUGCUCAAUGUGAAUUUAUUCUACUUUAUUCAUUCUGUUUGAAUUGUCCGUUCAAAUUAUGUCUAAAUAAAAUGAUAUCAGACUUCUCACAUUCCUUCACUGAAAUUAUAAUUAUUUUAGGUUUCCAUCAGCAAGAGUGAUGACUUAAAUGUUCUUCCCUUAGCAGUACAUAACCAACAUCUCGGUAUCUGGAGAAAUAGAAUUCUUGGAGAUUUGUAAAUGAAGAAAAGCAGAACCGUCGGCUUCCUGUAAAUAUAAAAAACAGAAACACUUUUUGGAUUAGAGGUUUACUUCUAAAAAUGCUCGAAAGAUGUCACAGUAUCGUUUCUGUGACAUCAGCACCAAAGUCAACAUCUCAAUGGAGCUCUGCUGAUCACUAUCCUGUUCACCAUGUACACAUUAAAACAAACACACAAAAUAGUGAGAAUAUAUUUUCUGUAAAAAAAAGCAUUGUUUGUCGUUAGUGGCCUUAUUAAAGAUGGUAAUUCCCAAUAAAUAGAGUGACCUAUUUGACAUAAAACUCCCCUGCAGACAUGAGACAGAUGUGUGAGCCUCAGUUCAGAAAUACGAAGUGUGUAAUGGAUAACACAAGGAAGUCAUUCAUAUGAUAAAGAUCUAAAAAAAACAACCUCAAAUGUAUGUCAUAUAAACUCGUAGAAAUGAAGGGUAAAUGUGAAGGGAAUUAAGCCUAUUUUAUUCAUUACACAAAAUCAGAAAAAAACGUCUCUGAAAUAGGCAAGUUUUUAAAUUCUUUUUUUCUUUUUGUGUAUUAAUAUUUGAAGCAUUCUUUUAUUUUUAGACUCUUGGAACGAAUGCUCCAUAUGCUUGAAGUGUUGGGUCCACUUUGGCUGACAAAGGUUAACGUAGAAUCCCUGACCUGAAGGAUCAAAGCGGCAGUAAGGCCACUUUUCAAAUUGAACACAGAACAAAAUAGAUGAAACUAAAAAGUAAUGGCAGUAAAUAACCGACCUCUUGGUACCUGGAGAAAUAGCAUUCUUGGGUACACAUGACGAUGAAAAGCAGAACCGUCGUGGCUUCCUGUCAAUAGAAAAAAAACGGAAACACUUUUUUCAUAUUAGAGGUUUUCUUCUAAGAAAGCGAACAUCUGUCACAGUUUCAUUUCUGUGGCCGGAGGUCGGUGAGGCAGCACUGAAGUCAACAUGAAAUGCCAUUUCAAUGGAACCCUGCUGAUCAGUGUCCUGCCGCCGAUGCUCUUCACAGAGUUUCUUUUCGGAGUCCUCGGGAACGGUUUGGCUGUCUGGAUCUUCUGCUUCCACAUCAGGCCGUGGAAGAGCAGCACGGUGCUCCUCGUCAACCUGGCGAUGGCUGAUUUUCUGCUCAACAUGGCCUUGCCUUUCCGUGCCGUCUACUACAUGUCCGACAUGGAGUGGAGGUUUGGGGACGCUAUGUGCAACAUCUGCCUCUUCAUGUUGGCACUGAACCGCAGCGUGAGCACCAUCUUCUUGAUGGCCAUCGCCCUGGACAGGUACAUGCGUGUGGUGCAUCCCCAUCAUCGCGUCAACUCGCUCUCCAUCUCCGGAGCCGUGUGUGGAGCCCUGGCCAUAUGGCUGCUGACCAUCUCAAUGACGGUCCAUGUCUUCACUCUGGAACACAACAACACAACCCACUGCGAGAGCUUCAGGGUUGAUACUGAAAUGCGGCAUAAUCUGAACUGGCAUACGUUUGAGUUUCUCUUUUCCUUCUACGUGCCUCUGGUUGUGGUUCUUUACUGUACAUUCCACAUCAGCAGCCACCUGAGGAGGAGGCAGUUGGCCCAGCAGGCAAGGAUUAAAAAAGCUCUUUGGUUGACCAUUUUGGUGACGGUGCUCUUCGUCGUUCUCUUCCUCCCGAGCAACGUCACGCAGCUGCUGAUUUGGAUCAGGACGCCUCAGCUAGUCAGCCAACUCCCAGAACCUGAAGCCUGCCGCGCUCUGGAAGACCUGACCGUGUGGUUCUUCCUCACCAUCAGCCUGACCUACCUCAACAGCAUGUUGGAUCCGGUCGUUUACUACUUCUCCAGCUCCGUCUUCAAGAACGUCUGCAGGAAGAUUUUCCAUCUGCCCCAAACAGACACCGCUGAAAGUACGGAGAGGAAGACCAGAGAAACGGGCUCCCAGUCGCUCAGCCAGCUCUGACCCCCCAACCAUGGAAACCUGCAAAAUGGACGCAGCUUCCCAGGUUACAAUUGUGGAGAAAAAUUGUCCUCUUAAGUGCCAAGGAAAUACAAAAUGCUAUUUUUGCUUCUCAAAUGCAAGUGUUAAAGUGUUGUGUGCGCUACUAUAAAAAAAUGUUCAUUCAUUUUCUUCCUCUUUUGAUUGUUAAACUGUAUUCAUGCAGACUGCAGUGAGAAAUGAAAAUAAAAACAAGAUGGUGAGAAUAUAUUUUCUAAGAUUUGGAUUGUUGUUGGUGGCCUGUUCAUUACCUAUAGAUAGAGAACAUGUUUGAAUCCGUAACACAAGGUAAAAAUAGGUCAUUCUUACAGACUUGAUUCGUGUGAUUGAGUGAACAGAAGGACACGCAGCUCGAUGACAAGAAUAACUUUAACACCUGCAGACUUGUGAUAUCCGAUCAAACCUGAGAAAAUGAAUAUGGAUAUAAAUGUGGUGCAUACAGAAACAGACUUCAAACUAUUACAUGCAGUUAAUAAACUUAAAUAACAGAAACUUGUUUUUAUUUAUUUGAACAUAUCAACUCUCCAAACCUGUUGCUAUCUGUGUGCAAUCUCACCGUUUACAAAUAAGCGGAAACUUGACUAAGCAAAUUUUCCCCCAUGACAGAAUGCCGAGUUGUGCAUCGUGGACUUAGUUCACACCUGUGGGCAGAAGACAGAGAGCUUGAGGUGCAGAGAAAAGGUGGUUUGCUUGCAUGCUUCCUCACCCAAAAUAUGUGUGUUUAACGAAAGGUGAAAAAGAUACGCAAUAGUUAUC